GAACAGCCUAUUCCGCUAUUCAGUACUGCGUACUGAAGCCAGCCACAGAAGGGUACCAAGCAGCUCUCAAGAAGUUGAAAGAAAAGUUUGGAGAUGCUGAUAUAAUCACUAAAUCCUGGAGUGACAAAAUAUUAAAGAGAGAUGCAGUCACCAUCGACUCCCUCAGCGACUUUACAGAUGAUCUGGGCAAUUGCUAUGGCACUCUGGAAGCAUUGGGGAAACUAGCCGAACUAGACACUAUGGAUGGAUUGUCCAAAAUUGUACAUAUUCUGCCAUUAUUCCUCAGAAAUAAAUGGAAAGAUGUUAACUUCAAACUGAAAGCGAAAGGUACCACUGCAACACUUAAACACCUUGUUGAAUUUGUCCAGAAAGCCAGGGACAAGGAAGACGACCCUGUCUUUGGCAGAACACUGACGAAUAAGAAACCAGAAAGGGAUAAACCCGUACACAGGAUUAAUAUAAAGAACCAGCGAUCCCCAACAACUAUGAACUUCACGCAAGCUAAAGAUAGCAAGAAGUUACCAAGAAUGUUCUGUCCAUAUUGCAAUAGUACUGAACACUUCCUUGGGGGUUGCAAAAAACUUCAGAGAAUUGGACAAAGGCCAGAUGAUGGACUGGAUAAGCCACAAUAA